AAUGCAAGACUUUAAAGAUAUUAUCAAAGAGGAGAAAUACAAGAACUGGGUUAAAUGCACUUUGGGAAUAUCGCAAACGGGCAAGGCAGUAUGUGAAUACGUCAGCAAAAAACUUUUAAUGUAUUUAGAAGGUAAAGCUACUCUUAACAAUCCUGGCAAACAAUCUUACUUGACCAAAGACGAAUAUUCCCAUUUUCGGGAUGAUCUAAAACCAGGAUUGCGAAAUAAUGUGACAAGAUAUGUUAAACUAGAAAAUGGCAAAUGGAAAUGGAAUGUAAGUUUGCAGAAAGGAAGUUGUAAAUGUCCGAGUAUAUUGGAAAAACUUAUAUGUUUACACAAAAGUCAGAAGGAUAUCCAUUGGAAGAAUAUCGGCGACACGCGAAACCUAUCACCUGAAUGGGUUAUAGCAAAGAUCUUUAUGCCAAUGGGCAAUGAGGAUAAUAAGGGACCAGAUGAUACUGACCCUAGUGCAAUUUUCAAAGUGAUGAAUAUGUGUGAUUUAUUCAUGAACCCAAUAAAAGCUGGAAACAUUAACGGGGUUAUAGACGCUAGAAACGCACUUUGCCACUCUUCCGACAAUUUGGUAGACCUGGAAGAAUAUUUUAGGUGUAUGGAAAACCUUCUCUCUGAUGCUUCUAAUGACCCGGACAUUGAUGAUGACUUAAAACGAAGUAUAGAUAAUAGCAAAACAAAAAUUGUACAGUUAAAAAAAUCUGAAAUUACAAUGACCCUAUUUGAAGACGCACAAAAAAUUGAAAGGAUGGCUAUCUUUUACAAAUUUGAACAAUGUCUUUCUGACAAUGAUCUAGCACAACUGCAAGAAUUAUUAAAACUUGCGGAAAAACUAAGAUCGGACCUUGAGUUUAUAAAUGUCCAUUUUGAUGACAUUAAAUCUCAAAGUUUGCAAAUUGAAGAACUGGAAAAACAAAUUAACAAUAAAAAAUGUACAAUUGAGCGACAAACGAUGAUAAUUGAUAGCCAAGAUGGUGAAAUUACGAAACUGAAAAACGAUAUCAAGGCAAACGGUAAAGAAAUUCUAAAUCUAGAAGAACGGUUAAAAGAAAAAUCAAAAGAAUGUUGUGAAUUGCAAGACAAAAGAAGUAUACAAAUGGAUAGACUGCAAACAGAUAUUGCAAAAAUCAAAACCAAAAUUACUGACCUGUUACACCAAAAAAAUAACUUAAAAAGACUAAUUCAUGAACAAAACUCAGAGUUCAAAAACAUUUCCAAUAAAAUCUUACAGCAACUUGAAUAUCUUCAACAAGAGAAUGAGCUUCAACGCAGCAAAAUUGAUAGUCUUGAAUGGGAAACUGUUGCUAUGGCAAGUGGACUUGCUGUAACGUCUGUGGUAUUUUUAGGUUUGUAAACACAAAACAGAAACAUUCAUUGAUUUAGGAAAGAAAUACAGGAUAUUCAA